UUAGGGGAACGGUCAAAUACGCGUACACGGCCGGUAUCCGCAGCGCCGGCACGGCGCACCUCCUCUCGGAGAAUCGAAGCCGAACUGGGCGGCGGGCGUAAUGGAUCUGCUGAAGCGGGAGCUGGAGAAGAAGCGGAAGGCGGCGACGGCCGACUUCGGGGGCAAGAGCUUCGUGCGGCGCUCGGAGCUGGAGCAGAAGCAGCUCCAGAAGCGCCGCGACGAGCACCGCCAGCUCCUCGCCAAGUCCGGCGGCACGUCGGCGCCCUCCGCGAAUUCCGCCGCAGCUGCUACCGGUUCCGACCCCAGCAGCUUCGACGCCGCAGCUCAGACGGCGGCGGCGAACCCUAACCCUAGCUCCUCCGCCGCCGCCACCUCCUCGGCGCCCUCCGUCCCGCCCGCCCUCGCGCCGAAGAAGACCGCGCAGGAGGAGGCGCUGCUCUCCGAGGAGCGUCGCAUCGACGAGCUCGACCUCCCACGGCACGAGGUGGUGCGGCGCCUCCGCGUGCUGCGCGAGCCCGUCACGCUGUUCGGGGAGGACGACGACGCCCGCCUCGCGCGCUUCAAGCUCGUGCUCAAGUCCGGCGUCAUCGACGACAUUGACGACAUCGACAUGACCGAGGGACAGACCAACGACUUCCUCCGCGACAUGAUCGAGAUGCGCAAGCGGCAGAAGUCCGGGAGGGACACCUACGCCAAGGGCAAGAGCAAGCGUGUAGGUGGGGGUGAUGGUGGCGACGGGGGUGCCGCUGGAGACAGUGCAGAUGAUGGGGAUGCCAAGGGGAGCGGCGAUGAUGCUGACGCAGACAAGGACUCCAAGAGGAUGAGGACCAAGUUUGAGGAGCUUUGCAAUGAAGACAAGAUUUUGGUGUUCUUCAAGAAGCUGCUUAAUGAGUGGAACCAGGAAUUGGAUGAGAUGACUGAGCUAGAGAAGCGGACAGCAAAGGGGAAGUCCAUGGUUGCAACAUUCAAGCAGUGUGCACGGUAUCUCAGCCCGCUGUUUGAGUUCUGCAGAAAGAAGGUUCUUCCUGAUGACAUCCGUCGAGCAUUGCUUGUUAUUGUCGAGUGUUGCAUGAAGCGAGAUUAUUUAGCAGCAAUGGACCAAUAUAUCAAGCUGGCAAUCGGGAAUGCACCAUGGCCCAUUGGAGUUACAAUGGUUGGCAUCCACGAGCGUUCUGCCCGAGAAAAGAUCUACACAAACAGCGUCGCCCACAUCAUGAAUGACGAGACCACUCGCAAGUAUCUUCAGUCAAUCAAGAGGCUCAUGACGCUUUCCCAGCGGCGUUACCCUGCACUGCCCUCAAAAUCAGUGGAGUUCAACAGCCUGGCAAAUGGGAGUGACCUGCAGGCGCUUCUAUCGGAAGAGAAUGGUUCGGGUAAAGCUUCCGAGGAAAGGCUCCGGUUGAUGCCAGCAUUGAAAGAGUGAUGCCUUCGCAGACUAGAUUGGAUUACAAGUAGAGCUUGAGAUGCUUGUGUAAUAUAUACAAUCAAUCCUGCCUGUUUUUUUUUCUUUUCCUGUUUGUGCUGAAGAGAAAAGCAACAGAGUUAUGUAUGCUAAUUAAAUCGCUUUACCGCUACAUCUGGUCAGGCAAAGUUUUUAUUAAUAUAUCUGCCAAUUCCGGAG